CGCAUUGUUAACAACUUUUCGCAGCACACACAGCUCUCUGAAGCUCUCAAAGCAAAACAAAACAAAACAAAUCCAAGCCAAGCCAAGCCAAGCCAAACAACAAACAGUUAGUAAAUAAAUUAGCAAAGAAUUACAAAUCGCAAUUGGUCUAACGGUACAAGCUGAACUAUUUGCAUUACAAAUGCGUCUAACGGGCAUCAUUAAAUAAGCGCGUGUGUAUGUGUGUGUGUGUGUCUCGCUCGAGUCGAUGUGUGCGUGAGUGUGCCUAAAGUUUAAACAAUUUGAUUUAAUUUAAUUGCAACAAGUGUCCGACGACUAGUCCCUACAUAAAUACAUAAAUUGGUAAAUGCGGAUACGGAAGUCGAACGCGGCGUAUGCGUAAUAUAAUUGCAUUGCAAGGGCAGCGCGCGUCCCACAGUGCGUAUGUGUAUUGUGCAGCGGCAACAGUGCGUAUGAACAUUAAUGCUCGAAUUCUUUAAGUGCUUAUCAUUGCAAAACAUUUGUUGAUAUUUCGCUGUGUGUGGAUUAUGCUCCAGCAUUGAGCGCGUGUCCUUGCUCACACAUACACACACUUGUACACAUGGUGUACAUGUGCUUAGUACUACGUGCGUAAGUUGUUACGUCGUCAGUUGCUUACGUCGACAGAGAGCAGUGCGCAAACGCCAAAAAGAAAAAAGGAAAGCAAAAGUCAAAACCAAAGAAGAAGGCAAAAAUUCAGCGGUCAGUUCAAGUCUAAGGACGUGCUGCCUGCGCAAUUGGCAAGGACAUAGUAAUGAAACUAAAAUGAAGCACACAACGCCUGAUUACAACUACAACAACAACAAGAACAAGAACAAGCAACAUUAGCGGGCACUUGGACACAGUUUGCCAAAGGACAAAACUGCAGUCGUGCUGGAUUGCCAACUGCGAUUGCCAGCGCGCCAAACAGGUGCAGAGGCGACACCAACCGAGUCACAGCCGCACCGAACCACGCCCACUAAAUUUAGCGACACGACAGCUGGCGCUAAACUGAAAAUCGUGAAAGCCGAAAGCGACACAACAACAGCAACAACAACAGCAGCAACAGAAGCAGCAACUGCAACAGCAACAACAACAGCAAUUGCAGCUACUGCAACACACACUAAGAUCAGCCAAGUGAGGCUACAAAGCCCAGCGAGCACAAGCAUGUUACUUUUGCAACCCAAUAGCUCCUUCAGUUCACUCUCGCCGUUCGACAAUUUCUCAACGCAAAGCGCAGCGACGAGCACGACGACGUCGUCCGUGGUGGCCAGUAGUGCAGCAAGUCUAACACAUCAUCAUCAUCACCAGCAGCAGCAGCAGCAGCAGCAACUCCAGCAGCACCAGCAACAGCAACAUCAGCAGCAGCAACAUCUCUUACUUAUCCAGCAGCAGCAGCAACAACAUCAGCAGCAACAGCAACACCAGCAACAGUUGCUUCUGCACGCGUCCACGUCCAGAGAGCAUUCGCUGCUCUCCCAUGAGGAGGAUCAGCUGAUAAGCAAUCUUGCCGACGCGGCCGUCUCGCAUAGCGAACUCUUCUCCGAUCUUUUCUUUCCCUCGGACUCGAACAACUCGCUGCUCUCGCCAGCUUUGGAUCAGUCCACAGCCAGCUAUCCGGACAGCCAGUUGCCCGCACCCAACUCCUGCGAGACACUCAUCGGCAGCAGCGAGGACAUCACCAGCUCGCUAGAGAAUCUCACCAAGCUCACCUGUCUGCGCGACAAGCGUCUCUCCUCCAUACACGAGCAGCCCUUGGAAAGCGUCGAACAGCAGCAUCACUCCCUCUGCCUGCUCAGUCUGCGCUCCAGCAGCGAUCCCGCCCUCGCCCUACACGCCCAACAGCAGCAGCAGCAGCAACAGCAACAUUUGCCGGUGCAGCUGCCACGUCUGGGCGCCAGUGAUUUACUGAUCUCGCCCGUUGGCGGCCCACUCUCGGGCGGCAGCAGCCUGCCCAGCUUCCAGGAGACCUACUCGCUCAAGUACAACAGCAGCAACGGCAGCAGCCCCCAGCAAGCCUCCUCCUCCUCAGCAGCCGCCACGCCCACAGAUCAAGUGCUCACGCUCAAAAUGGAUGAGGAUUGCUUUCCAUUAACCAGCGCCGCCGAGGUCAUAGCAGGUCUCACUGCUGGCGCCGCUGCCGCGCAGUUGCCAACCCUGCAUCAGCUGCAGUCUCAGCCGCAUCUUAACCAGCAUCCUAACAACAACAACAGUGGCAGCAGCAACAGCAGUGGCUACAACUAUCAUGGCCACUUUAAUACCAUCAAUGGCGCCUCCAAUCCCUCACCCAGCUCCUCGGCCAGCUCGCUCUACGAGUACAAUGGCGUGGCCCAAAAUGAUGGCUUCUAUGGACAGCAGCAGCAGCAGCAAAACUAUCAGCAACAUAACUACAACACUCACAAUGGCGAGCGUUACUCCCUGCCCACCUUUCCUAGCAUCUCGGAGCUAGAGGCUGCCACAGCUGCAGUCGCUGCCGCCAGCGCCAGUUCCAAUUCCGGCUCCUUGGUUGUGGUGCCGCCCAUGAGACGCGCCUCCUUGCCCGUCCAGCGCUCCGUUUCGCCCACUGGCGGCGCCAUGCACAGUCACAGUCCCAAGCUGGCUAAGCUGACGCUGAACACGCGCCACGCCCACACGCAUGCCGCCCAUGCGCUGCAGCUGCAACUAAACUCAGCGCCCAAUUCGGCAGCCAGCUCACCCGCUAGCGAUGCACGCCAGUCCACCUCCAGCUUGGGAGCAGUCUCCAGCGUGGCCUCGCAGCUCUGCGCCGUCUGCGGCGAUACCGCGGCCUGUCAGCACUACGGCGUACGCACCUGCGAGGGCUGCAAGGGAUUCUUCAAGCGCACCGUGCAGAAGGGCUCCAAGUAUGUGUGCCUGGCGGACAAGAGCUGCCCGGUGGACAAGCGCAGGCGCAAUCGCUGUCAGUUCUGUCGCUUCCAGAAGUGUUUGGUCGUGGGCAUGGUCAAGGAGGUGGUGCGCACUGAUUCGCUCAAAGGUCGUCGCGGUCGUUUGCCCUCAAAACCAAAAUCGCCGCAGGAGUCGCCACCAUCGCCGCCCAUAUCAUUGAUUACAGCGCUGGUGCGCAGCCAUGUGGACACUACACCUGAUCCCUCUUGCCUGGACUACUCACACUAUGAGGAGCCGCUGGAGCAGCGCACAUUGCCGGUGGCUACAGCCUCCAAUGCAGGCAGCGCCUUGGGCCUGAGCGAUGCGGCGGACAAGGUGCAGCAGUUCUAUCGGCUGCUCACCAGCUCCGUGGAUGUGAUCAAGCAGUUCGCUGAGAAGAUUCCCGGCUUUCUCGAACUAACGCCCGAGGAUCAGGAGCUGCUCUUUCAGUCCGCCUCACUGGAGCUGUUCGUGCUGCGCUUGUCCUAUCGCGCACGCAGCGACGACACCAAGAUGAUCUUCUGCAAUGGCACUGUGCUGCAUCGCAACCAAUGCCAGAGCUCCUUUGGCGACUGGCUCAAUGGCAUCAUUGAGUUUAGCCGCAGUCUGCAGAGCCUGGAGAUUGAUAUAUCCGCCUUUGCCUGUCUCUGCGCGCUCACGCUUAUCACAGAACGCCAUGGACUUCGCGAGCCCAAGAAGGUGGAGCAGCUGCAGAUGAAGAUCAUUGGCUCGCUGCGAGAUCAUGUUACCUACAAUGCGGAGGCGCAAAAGAAGCAACACUACUUCAGCGGACUGCUGGGCAAGCUGCCUGAGCUGCGCUCCUUGAGCGUGCAGGGAUUGCAGCGCAUCUUUUAUCUCAAGCUGGAAGAUCUCGUGCCGGCGCCGGCUCUCAUUGAGAAUAUGUUUGUUACCACGCUGCCCUUCUAAGCGCCACACCCCAACCCCCGCCCAACAAAGCUUCCUGGAAUAGAAAAACUUUAGCUCUUAGUUUAAAUUUAUGCGUGAGUAAAGGCAAAAGCAAAUAAACUAGAUUAAAGCUUAAUUUAUAACAUAAGAAAUCGGAAAGCUAAAACACUUUAAUAAAUUAUCAGACAGUCCUAUCGACAGACCGACCAACCCGAACUAGUGCAUAAUUAGCGCCGCGUAACCAUAAAUAUUUUAGCAGUCCACGGAUGCAUCGUGUGGAGUGCGGAGUGUGCGUGACUUGUCAGUGGCCGCGGAAUUCACAACUUGUUGACGUUAAUUGUUAAAUUGUUUAAUUCGAACUGUCAAAAUCAAUGGCCAGCAACAGCAACAACCCUUCACUUGCUGUGUACGCCCUAACCUCAAAGUUGUUAACGUUUCCCAGCAAUUGCCUUGUCCAUUUCUUGCCUUUCGCGUUUGCUACACACACACAAACACACACUUACUUCUAGUCAAUUGAUUUAAGCAAGUUUAGCAUUAAGUAUAGCACCAUACCCUAAUACCCUGACUCCCACUAUUUCUCCCAGUAUUUUCCUAUAACAGUCUUUUUGUAGCGAAAUUUUUUGGUUCCAGUUUUAAGCGCACUGUCCCAGUGCACAAAAAAGAGAGUUUAAGUACCUUCCAUGUGAUUUGUGUCUGACACACACAGAGCUCUGCACACAAGCACAUAUAACUAGGCUAUAUAUCAAAUUUAGUAUACAUAUUUACUUAAAUAUAGGCAAUAGUAUUCAUUACAUACAAUUAAGACGCAUAAUAAAUAUUAUAGUUAGUGUUAUAGUCUGUACGUUCCAAGCUCUCUGCUCUCUCUCUAUCUCUCGUCUACACUUUCGAACUACUGCUCUCUUUCUAAACUAAAUGCUUCAAUCUCUCUCACUUUAUCUCUCUCUGUCUCUGUAUGUGUAUUAUUUUGCAUAGAGGCCCUUACUCCUAUAUAUGUAUGUGAUUUUGUGAUAGAUUGGCAUUGAAUUCUACAUAGAUGUCUUUACAGCAUUAAAUCUAUGUGUUAAG